AUGAACCAAGAACUCACAUGGCCUCUAGACCUGUCAGGGCCAGCAGAGCUGCAGGGAUGGAUCCAGAGAUGUGGUUGUUGGGCAACGAACUGCCGGGGUCACAUUGAUGAUGGGGUCACGAGUGAUGAUGGGGUCACGAGUGAUGAUGGGGUCACGAGUGAUGAUGGGGUCACGAGUGAUGAUGGGGUCACGAGUGAUGAUGGGGUCACGAGUGAUGAUGGGGUCACGAGUGAUGAUGGGGUCACGAGUGAUGAUGGGGUCACGAGUGAUGAUGGGGUCACGAGUGAUGAUGGGGCACGAGUGAUGAUGGGUGAUGAUGGGGUCACGAGUGAUGAUGGGGUCACGAGUGAUGAUGGGGUCACGAGUCACAACAUGAGCAACACGAUGAUCUUCGGCGUGGAACGUCCGGCGUCUAAUCCUGAGUAG